AUGAUCUCACGGGCAGUUAGGAGCAGCCCAUCCAGUUUGAAGAACAUUGAUCACCUUCUUAAGCGUGUUGCUUCUCCAAUUAGAAAGGGAAAUACCAGUACGUUGAGGAAAGGAUCAAAGGCGUUUGACUCUAGUAAAGAACUAGCUCGAAGUCCAGUAAAGUUAUCUAGGUACCCAGUGAGAGUUUUGCUCUGUGCUUAUAUGAUCUUGGGAUUCCCAGACACAGUUAUCAGUGGGAAUGGUGUGCAUGAGGCUGCUCUUGCUGAGUCUGCGGCUAAGUUUACUCGUGAUUUUGAGCUUUUGAUAAAGAUCAUAUUAGACGGUGCCAUACAAAAUGCCGAAGAGAAAACAACAAUUCCAUGUCAAUUCACUUUCAGAUCACAGCUGGAAGCCUUUGAUAAAGCGUGGUGCUCUUACCUGUAUCACUUUGUAGUAUGGAAAGUUAAGGAUGCUAAGUCACUAGAGGAGGAUUUGGUGAGAGCCGCUUGCCAAUUGGAGCUCUCUAUGAUGCAAACUUGCAAGCCGAUUCCAGAAAAAGGAGAUAAUGGUGCUAUCCUAAAACUGGUUACAGAAGACCGGGAAGUACUUAGGACAAAGGCGCAGCAUCUGAGUAGAAAUGCUGGGCAUGAACGUAUGGAAUGUGCUCUCUCUGACAUGCGUUCCAGAUUUUUGGAAGCCAAGGAUUCUGGGAGUUCAUCUGCAUUCCCAUUGCCAAGUAGUUCAUCUUCAUGUCUGCCUAAAUCACCAGAUGGCUCUUUGACUUCUGUGCCUGGUGAAAUGAAUAACCUGGCUGAAGGCUGUGAAAGCUCAGGUCCCAUUGUUCACUCCUUGUCUGAGAGAGAUGAUUCUUCCUCAGGCAAAGUAGUUGGGUCCUCUAACGACUUCACUGGUUCUGCUCAUGGUCAUCCGAGCUUUGAUGCAAUGUUGGUUGGCGAGACUGAGCUGCUUGUAAAUGAAAUUGUUCAUGAACAUCGCCACGGUUUCCCUGAUAGCUUUAUCAUAAAUGACGAAGAUAAGAAUAGUCUUAAUGAAAAAGUAAGAGAGACGAUGGAAAAGGCUUUUUGGGAUGGUAUUAUGGAAUCCAUGAAACAAGAGGAGCCCGACUUCAGCUGGGUUCUUAAACUCAUGAAGGAAGUCAGGGAGGAACUGUGUGAGAUGUCUCCUCAAAGUUGGAAGCAAGAGAUUAUUGAUACUAUUGAUAUUGACAUUCUCUCAAAGGUACUGAAGUUAGGCAAUCUAGACGUGGAUUAUUUUGGGAGGAUCCUAGAGUUUGCACUACUCACUUUGCAGAAACUUUCUGCCCCAGCUAAUGAUGAUGAGAUGAAGACAACUCACCAUACGCUACUCAAAGAAGUAGAAGAGAUUUCUCAAUCUGGAGAAAAAUCAAAUUCCUCAUUUGCCCUUCUAAUGAUUAGGGGUCUGCGCUUUGUUCUAUAGUAGA